AUGAAACGAAGGCUCGAAAGGCAAGAUGGGCCUCAAACAACUGCUAAACCUCGCAAAAAUGGAGUUGUAUGUAAUGAGCCGCCUUGUGCCAAUGACUAUGUAAGCCUUGAGUUGUAUUCUUCACACGUCAGCCAAUUUCAUGAUAAUGUGUGCUGUGCAUGUGGGAAGAACUUCGUUUAUCAACGUAUCCUCGAUCUACACUUGGAAGAAUGCCAUGAUCCAUUCAGAGAUUCCGACAGCCAGCUCAAGUGCUGGCACGCCAAGUGCAGAGAUCAAUUUCCAACUCAUGCACUAAGGAUCGAGCAUCUUCAGCGAACUCAUCAUUAUCCUAGUAGUUAUGACUUUGAUAUAAUAUACAAGGGUUACGUAACGACAUGA